CGAACCUUGGCGACAACCAUACGUUUCAAACGCAAGGUGUUUUGUGACUGCAUUUUGGCUGUAUCUGCAUUCUCCGGUCGGCGGGUUAUCAGUGUUAUUAAAAAAAUAAAAAGGUUUUUUAUUAGUGAGCAAUGGUUGACAGUCAGUGCGGCGCGCGGCAAGUGAAAACUUACAUCAUGAGUGACUUAUUAAAAAAGUUCGAUUUGGACGCGACAAAUGAUUUUGUGAAAAUAGCUAUAGCUAUAGCCGGGUUCUAUAUGGGAAUAUUUUACUUGGAAUACGUGGACACAGAAUACAGCUUGUGGCUCACAUGGUUCCUGAUGCCAGUCGUCGUGACAUUCCUGUUACCAGCAGUCAUCAUAGUACUUAUAUACGUCAGCGCCAUCAUAUUCCAUCUCUACAGACUCUACAGAUUGCGAGUUGCCGAUGGAGUUCAGAAUGACUGGCGACAAGCGGCGAGACUUACGGUCUGUGCGCUAUGGGACGCUCACGGGUGGCUAUGGCAUGGUUACGACAUACAAGGCCUAGAAAACAUUCCAAAUGGGCCUUUCCUAGUAAUAUACUACCACGGAGCACUGCCUGUCGACAUGUAUUAUUUCACCGCAAGAAUGCUGCUGUUUAGGAGGCUAAACUUGCACACAGUUGCUGAUCGGUUCAUGUUCAAAAUACCUGGCUGGAAGACGCUUCUCGAAGGCCUCUGCGUGAUCCCCGGCACCGUCGGGGAAUGUGUCGCCGUGCUACAGAAGGGGAGUCCACUGGCCAUCUCCCCGGGGGGAGUGUAUGAGGCCCAGUUUGGGGAUCACACAUAUAAGCUAUACUGGAAGAACAGACUUGGCUUCGCGCGGGUCGCUAUACAAGCCAAAGUUCCAAUAAUCCCCAUGGUGACCCGGAACGUGCGAGAAGCGUUCCGCACAGUGGGCUGGCUACGCGGCGCGUGUCGGCGCGUGUACGCGGCUACGCGCGUGCCCCUCGCACCAGUGUAUGGAGGGUUCCCUGUGAAGUUAGUCACACAUCUGGGGAAGCCGAUUGAGUAUGACCCGAGUUUGACGCCAGAACAGUUAGCUAAGAAGGUAGCAAAAGCGAUAGAAGACCUAGUAGAAGAACACCAAACCGUCCCCGGCAACAUCCUCCGAGCCCUCACAGAGCGAAUAAUAGACCUCCCAAAGAAGAGGCCGGAACCUCAAGCCAACGGCAAGUGCCCCAACGGCGCGACAGAUGGCGCCCCUAGUCCUAGCGAAGACAAAACGAAAGUCUCAUAAGAUUUGUAGGUUAGUUUUUAGGUUAUGAUAUACAGCACACUGGUUUAACCUUUUGAACGCUUUAGACAUUGCAUUAUGAAGCAAAGAGUGGUCAAGACAUAUGUACAUUUUUUUUUUAAAUACCACGACUUGAACAGCGCAAUGAGACACAGAUGGCGCCACCAGUCCAUUGCACAGAUAAAGAAUUUCAUACGUGAGAGCGAGAAGAUGAUUUUUUUUUUCUCACAUAUGGAUGACAGUGACAUGCCUAGGCACUUCCACAGGCGCCGCCUGGCGGGUUAAAUGUCAGUGUGCCUCCUCAUUGAGUAGCAUCUUAGACCAUUUUAAAUCCUGACCAGAAAUAUAUGACUAUUGUCAAGAGGGCGCUGUUAUUUUGAUGUAUGUAUGACAGUCAGUAUAGUACGAAGAAAAUAUGAAAUAAAACUAUGGAAACGGAUUAAAUCGCGUAGAAUGAAUUUAAAAUUCAUCCCGACGUUUCGAACUCUUUACAGCGUUCGUGGUCAACGGGUGACUGAGGAAAAAUUACAA